UUCGCCUUUUCGCCUCUUUUACAUGGAGGCUCAUGCAACUGGUACUCUAGCCGGCGAUCCUAUGGAACUUCAAGCCAUCGAUAAAGCUUUGUGCGCUACAAGACAACUUCCUCUAUUAUUGGGUUCAGUGAAGUCGAAUAUUGGACAUCCAGAAGCUGCCAGUGGUCAAUGUCAUAUUGCAAAGGUUUUAAUAGCGAUGGAAACUGGUAUAAUGGCGCCUACUAUACAUUUUAAAUGUCCACGAAAGGAUAUGACUGCUAUUAUUGAAGGAAGAAUAAAUAUAGUCACUGAACCGACAGAAUAUAAGGGUGGUUAUAUCGGUAUUAAUUCCUUCGGAUUUGGCGGUGCUAAUUGCCACGUAUUACUAAAAUCAAAUCCAACAAUUAAAGUCAAUAAUGAAGCAGAUGAUAAUUUACCUAGGCUUGUAGCUAUAUCUGGACGUACGGAGGAAGCAGUUAAAAUUAUAUUAGAUGAGGUACAGAGUCGGUCAAUAGAUGUAGAAUAUAUCUCUCUGCUACAUCGUAUUCAUAGUGUCAAUAUAAAAGGUCAUUCCUACAGGGGAUACAUAAUAACUGGAUCCAACGUAUCUGAUAACGCAAUAAUUAAAAUGGGACGCAACGUAAGUACGAAAAGACCGAUUUGCUUCAUAUUUUCUGGAAUUGGAUUGCAGUGUCUUAACAUGGGUCGAACUUUGAUGAAAUUUCCACCAUUUAUUAAAGCAGUCCAGAAAUGCGACACAAUUUUGAGACCUUACGGUAUAUCGGUAACAGAUAUUCUAACAAAUAGAAACAAAGAUAUUGUCAACAACGUAGUCAAUUUAUUUGUAGGCCUUAUUGGAUCACAGAUUGGAAUAGUUGAUCUUUUGACAAGCAUUGGUAUCACUCCUGAUGUUAUAAUGGGUCAUUCCAUUGGCGAGUUGAUUUGUGGAUAUGCCGAUUGAUGCUUAACGGCCGAAGAAACCAUCUUGUUGGCAUAUUAUGUCGGCUCAGCAUUUCUUAAGUCAAAAAUAAUAGAUGGUUUAAUGGCUGAAAUUAAUCUCGAUUUUUAAACUUUGAAAAAUAUUUGUCCGUCGGAUAUUGAUAUAGCUUGUUACAAUAAUUCACGUAAUUCUAUUGUGAGUGGACCAACAAACUCUGUAAGAGCAUUCCUCGCUAAGCUACAGAAUGACAAUAUUUCUAUAAAAGAAAUUUCCUUCGGACGUAUACCUUUUCAUAGUCGUUACGUCGAGCCCGCAAGAAUUAAACUUUUGGAGUACAUGAAUCAAAUAUUGCCACAACAAGCGUAUCCAAGCUCAAAAUGGUUGAGUGUGUCGAAUGAGUCUUAUGAAUGGUUCAGCGCAUUUCCAAAGUCAAGUUUAGCAGAAUAUUAUACAAAUCAUUUGCUAGACCCGGUAUUAUUCUCAGAAACUUUACGUUUUAUUCCAAACGAUGCAGUGACGAUUGAGAUAGCGCCACAUGACAUUCUACAAUACAUUCUUAAUGAUUCCUUAGAGACAACAGUGACAAAUGUCGCGUUAUACAAAUUCUCUCACAAAUCGAAUAUUGAAAUAUUUUUACACGGAAUUGGAAAACUUUAUAAUGCAGGAUUACAGCCGCAAAUCGCAAAUUUAUAUCCAGAAGUUAAGUUUCCUGUAAGUCGUGGUACACCGAUGAUUUCUCAUCUUAUAAGAUGGGAUCAUUCCAAAGAUUGGUAUACAUACCGUUAUAUCGGACAAAAAACAAUCGACAAAGGAGAAGUAAUUGUCACUAUUAAUUUGUUAGAUGAAGAAUUUAUAUAUAUGAGUGGACAUGUCAUUAAUGGAGAAAAUUUAUUUCCGAUUAUGGGAUAUCUUUUACUUAUAUGGCAGAUGAUCAGCUGGUUGAAAAAACAAGAUUACUUCGAUAUACCAAUUGUAUUUGAAGAUAUCAAUUUUCUACGCUCUAUAAUAUUAUCAAAACAAAGUCCUGUCGAUUUAGUUCUUAUGAUGCAAAAAGGUAGUAGCAAAUUCGAAAUAAUCGAAGGAAGCAAUGCUGUUGUUACUGGAACAAUACGAAUUCCAAAUAAUAUUGAAGACGAAAAAAUAUGUACUACGUUUAUUGAUCGAAAUGACAAUGAUGAAGAGGAAAUGAAUACGAAAGAUAUCUAUAAAGAAUUGAAGCUUCGUGGUUAUCAAUAUACCGGCGAAUUUCGUGGACUGAAAAGCGCGUCAAUUAGGGGAAAGAAUGGUCAUAUUGCCUGGACUGACAACUGGACAACAUUUAUGGAUAACAUGUUACAGAUGAUGAUUUUAGGACUGGAUUCGAGAAGUCUCUUCGUACCAACAAGAAUUCGUAAAGUAGUAAUCGAUCCAAAAUCUCAUAUAGAACAAAUUGAAAAGCUUCCAAAUGAAGAAAAACAAGUCCUUGUACAAAAUUAUAAGCAUUUAGAUGCUUUGAUAUCCGGAGGAAUUGAAAUAAGCGGCGUCGUGACUACAGCUAUAUCUCGCCAACAAAGAGAGAUCAAUCCCGUUCUUGAAGAGUACAAGUUUGUUGCUCAUAGGGAUCUAGAUAUAAUGUUCUUAGAAGAUAUAACAAGAAUGUCGGUGCAUCUUGCGCUCGAGUGUUACAAUAUGAUAAACGUAAAAAUAAUCGAAUUUGUGGAGGAUAGCGAUCAAGUGAUGCCGGAGAAUUUAAAUUGUUUAUUUGUGAAUAAAGUUCUAGAUGAUUUACCGCAAAUUCAAUCCGAUAUCAAACUGGUGGCAACACACGGACGAUUCAAAGAUAUCGCCUUGCCUAACAAUGUUUCUACAAUUGAAUUUGAUAAACUGUCAAAAAAUGAAAAUUGUUUGAUGAUCAUAGGUUUCAGAAUUUUAACAAAAAAUAAAAACAAAUUAUAUGAACAAUUAUUAUCUGUCAUACUGCCUGAGGGAUUUCUUCUAACAUUGGAAGAGUUGGAUGUUAGCUAUGACUACUCAUGUCUGGAUAAGUAUGGAUUAAAAGUAAUUUUGGAGAAACGCACCAACGAUAAGACAAUUAUAUUAUUAAGAAAAAUACACGAUAUUAAGAAUAGUCAACAGAUCGUGUAUAUAAAUAAUUAUGAAUUCUCAUGGAUAGACAGGCUUAAAUCAUUCAUGAACGUAGAAAAUGAAACUACAAGGAUUAUAGUCGUUGCAGAAGGGGACUUCGAAUGCGGACUAAUCGGCCUUGUAAAUUGUUUGCGAAAAGAACCGGGCGGUAAAAUGAUUAAAGGUGUAUUUAUUCAAGAUAAAGAUGCGCCUACUUUUUCAUUGCAAGAAUCAUUGUACAUGAGGCAACUACAGCUGGAUUUACCCAUCAAUGUUAUACGUUCCGGUAAAAUUUGGGGUUCUUACAGGUAUUUUCCAUUACCAUUACUAAAACCAAAACUCGUGCAGAGUGCUUAUGUUUCUCAAAUGGUGCGAGGUGAUUUAAGUACUCUUUGUUGGCUGCAAAACAGGAUAUCUUUGGUCAAUAAUGAUGAAGAAAAUCUGAUAAGAAUAGUCUAUGCGUCCAUCAAUUUUAAAGACGUCAUGAUAGCUAGCGGUAAACUCUUUUCGACUUCCGCGGCAUCUUUUGAACAAAAUAAUAGUUCUUUAAUUGGAAUAGAAUUUGUUGGUUUUAAUAAAAAUGGACAAAGAAUAAUGGGAAUGUGUUCAAAUGGUGGAUUCGCAAAUAUUUGCGUAGCUGACAAAACACUUAGUUGGAUCAUACCUGACGAGUGGACAAUGGAAGACGCCGCGACGGUUCCAUGUGCAUAUAGUACAUGCUAUUACGCUUUGCAUUUGAGAGGUAAAAUGAAGAAAGGCGAGAAAGUGUUAAUUCAUUCUGGUACGGGAAGUGUUGGUCAGGCAGCAAUUUACCUUGCACUUGACGAAGGUUGCGAAGUAUUUACAACAGUUGGAAAUGUCGAGAAACGACACUUUAUAAGAAAAAUAUUUCCUUCUAUUCCUGAGGAUCAUAUCGGAAACUCUCGAGACAUGAGUUUUGAACAAAUGAUUAUCCAGAAGACGAAAGGUCGCGGAGUGGAUAUCGUACUGAAUUCUUUAGCUGGAGAAAAACUGCAAGCAUCCAUCCGUUGCUUAGCAAAAAGUGGUCGUUUCCUCGAAAUUGGAAUGUUUGAUAUGAUUUCUAAUAAUCCUUUAGAAAUAUCUGUAUUCUCAAGAGGCAUUAGUUUUUACGGUAUAAAAUUGGAUAAAUUAUUUAGUGCGAAACAAGAGAACAAAGUAAUAUUAUCGAAUAAAAUAAUAGAAGGUAUAAAGAAAAAGGCUAUCAAACCGUUAUGCAGAAAAGUUUUUGAAAGGGAUGAAAUAGAAACUGCGUUUAGAUAUAUGACUACUGGAAAGCAUAUUGGCAAGGUAAUAAUAAAAAUUCAUGAAAAAGAUGAACCCUUGAAUGCGCCUAUACUUGCACAUCCCCGGUAUUACUGUCUGGAACACAAAUGCUACAUCGUUUUAGGUGGUCUAGGUGGUUUUGGUCUGGAAUUAAUUAAUUGGUUGAUUUUACGUGGUGCAAAAAAUGUAAUAGUGACUUCACGAACUGGGAUAAAGAGCGGCAUUGUUACAGCUGCUUCAGCUACAGAUACUUUGAGAUAUAAAGACUGUGAAUCUAUAUUAAAAUUUGCCGAAGAACAAGGUCCUGUGGAUGCAAUAUUUAAUCUCGCAGUUGUAUUGAAAGACGGCUUAUUCAAGAAUCAAUCUCCACAAACAUUUGAAGAAUCUUUCAUGUCAAAGGCAUGGAUGACAAAAAAGAUGGACGAAUUAUCGAGAAUAAUUUGCACUCAACUUCGACAUUUUGUCGUAUUUUCUUCCGUUUCAUGCGGAAGAGGUAACGUAGGCCAAACAAAUUACGGAAUGGCAAAUUCCGUAAUGGAAAGAAUUUGUGAAAGAAGAAUGAAAGAAGGUUUACAUGGUUUGGCUAUAGAGUGGGGCGCAAUUGGUGAAGUUGGACUUGCCGCAGAUAUGCAAAAAGAUGACAAAGAACUUGUUAUUGGAGGUACGUUGCAACAAAGAAUAUCCUCUUGCUUGGACACAUUAGAAGUAUUUUUGCUACACGAUCGAUCAAUCGUAAGUAGCAUGAUUGUUGCAGACAGAAAAAAUUCUAGCCAAGCAAUAAAUCCACUUGAAGCGGUUACAAAUAUUAUGGGAUUGAAAAAUCUAAACAUAAUGACGCCAAACGUAUUACUGACUGAGCUAGGUAUGGAUUCAAUGAUGGUGGUAGAAAUUAAACAAACAUUGGAGAAAGAAUUUGAUAUUUUAUUGACAGAACAAAAUAUUAUAAAUCUCAAUCUUGCUGCACUAAGAAAAAUGACAAAUGCAACCGAGCAAGAAAAUACGUACGAUGCUACUGAAGCUGCUACAAAUAAUUUGGACGGUUUUAAAACAUUGACACGAAAACUUAACGAUACUGAUUUCAGUCCAGAUAUUUAUGUAGAACUCAAUACAAAAAUGAAUAUUGCUGGAAACAAAAUAUUUCUUAUACCUGGAGUCGACGGAUCUGCAAGCGUAUAUAAACGGAUAGAAUCGAAAAUUAAAUCUUUGGCGAUGUGUUUGCAACACGGUGCAUUUAAUAUGCCGAAUGCUACUCGUUCAAUAAUGAAAUCAGCAGCAUAUAUUCUGCCUUACAUAAUGGAGAAAAUGGAAGAUCAAAAAGAAUUUUUAAUAGUGGGUUAUUCAUUUGGAUCCUUAAUUGCCAUUGAAUUAGCAAGAUUAUUAGAAACUAAGAAUUUCAUUGGACGGUUAAUACUUAUAGAUGGAGCUCCUGAUUGGAUGAAAUUUUUGGUUGAAAAAUUUUUUAAUUAUUCGCAAUAUACUUCGCAACAAGAACUACAAAAUAACAUUCUACUUCGUUAAUUAAAUAUAUAUUUCGAAUAUGACAGCGAAAUGGCUGCUCCAGAGCUGAAUAAGUGCACUACAUGGGAGGAGAAAUUAGAACUACUUACUGCUCACUUUUCGAAGAAGAAUGUAUUAAGUGUUGAAAAUCAAAAACUCUUAUAUACAACGAUUUACGAUCAUAUAAUUGCUAUACAAGAUUAUGAUAUAUCUUCAUUGCCACCCUUAAAAUCAUCUAUAAUACUAUUAAAACCCACACUUAGGCCUAUCACUUUUCCUGAAGAAGAUUAUGGUCUACAUAAGAUUACUGAAAAUGCAGUGCAAAUUCAUUACAUGGAAGGUAGUCAUAUCACUAUGAUGGACAAAAUAGCAUCAUUUAUUAACGAAGCAUUGUAAAAUAAAUAACUCUGUAUCAAUAUUAAAUGAUUACUUAAAAAAU